UUGUUAUCAAAAUAAGUUUAAAAACUAGCACAUUUGGUUUGCCAUCACGCGCAACGGCAUGACUUCUAUUUUUGUCAACAGGACUACUUUAGAAUUAGCGGGGUGCAACUUUGAUCUUGGGAAAGAGCAUACUCAUUCUGCACUCUUGGCUAUCUCUCUUUACUCUUUACCAUUUGUUUGUUUUCCUGUUCCGCUCUGUUAUUAUCUUUUUGGAAAUAGAUAAGCUGGGGAACUGGUUGUUUACAA